UUCUGAUCUAUUUCAUUAUCAUGUUGAACAUAUUUUGCAAAAAUUCUCGCGCUUUCCAAUGAGAUAAUAAUUCAGCCAUCAAUCGGAACUUGAAAAAAUUUCUACGUUGUGAUGUAAAUCAAUCUGUAGCAUUCGUUUGCUGUUAGAUCAUUAUGGAAACCGAUCAAAAAAACUGGACAAUGGAGUACGAGGAGUACGGACCUUCGUUACAAGAUGAAGCAAAGCCAACAACAUUCCUUCAAACGGUUGCAGAUUUUUACGAAUGGUUUGGCUGUUGGAUUUUGACAGCGAUGCUCUUCUGCGGUCCACUAGUAUUUUUAUACGCGUGCAUUACUCCAUCAUUAUGGGUAUUUGCUGUGCUGUACUUGUUUUGGAUAGUUUACGAUCGUGAAACCAUCCACAAAGGAGGACGAAGAUUAAAAUGGCUGCGUAAAUCAAGAUUUUGGCACACUCGACGAGACUAUUUCCCAAUCAAGCUGGUCAAAACCGCCGAAUUGCCACCAGAUACCACGUAUUUAUUUGCUUCAUUUCCCCAUGGUAUCUGGGCGAUCGGAGCGUCUACAAAUUUCUGUAGCGAUGUGAACCAUUUCGACGAAGCGUUUCCUGGAUUAACUCCACAUAUGCACAUGCAGAAUGAUCCUUUGUAUUUCCCCAUCACUAGAGACCUGCUUUUAUUUUUUGGAAUUUGCGGAGUGUCAUCCAACAGCAUUUUGCAUGUGCUAAAUGGACCACCUGGAAACGUAUCCGUUGUCACUGUUGGAGGCUACCUCGAAAUGAUGAGAUCUUUUCCAGACACUAAUCGAAUAGUUUUAAAAAAUCGUAAAGGAUUUGUCAGAGUGGCCUUGAAAGCUGGUUCAUCUUUGGUGCCAGUUUAUACUUUCGGGGAAACCAACACUUACGAUCAAAUGUCAUCUGACUGGUAUAUAAGAUUGCAAAAUAAACUUCACUCAUCUGUCCGGCUAGGAGGAUUGGUUUUCGCGAAAGGUCCUUGGAAACUUGAUCAUAUAUUUGGAAUUUUACCUUAUCAAACACCCAUCACUACUGUCGUGGGCAGUCCGAUUAAAUUACCAAAAGUGGAAGAUCCUUCGAACGAAUUGGUGGAUAAAUAUCAUCAAAUAUAUAUUCAAGAGUUGACUGCGUUGUUUGAUAAAUUCAAAGCUAAGUACGAUCCUCGAGGAGAGAAAGCCGAAUUGAGUAUUGAAUAAAGGAGUAAUUAUUUGCAUCCUGCUGGCCGUUGGGAAUAUCUCUCUUAGAAAAGGAGCUUCGUGUAAGACAUUUCUGCCGAAGUGUUUAGUAUUAGGGACACCCGCAAAAGAGGCAGUAAAUGUGUACAGUGUCAUUAGUAAGUAAUUAAGACUUUCAAUUUCUAUUAACGUAACAUUACUUCAUCGCUAAUUAAUAAGCUUAUACUUAUCAUUAUUAUUAAGAUUUCUCUAGUUAGUAAUGUGAGUCGUAAGAUGCAAGCCAGAGCUUGUAUCCAUUAUAAAAUAAUCUCAUCCUUAUUUUAUAUUGACUAACCUUAAAAGUGUAUUUUUUCUAUUUUGUUCUUUUAUAUCAAUAAAUCACAUAACUAGUAUGUAUUAUUUUUGAA